CAUGGCUCAUGCACCCUAACCAACUCAGCUGCCUGGAACGUUACUGUUGUGGACUAUCUCACCAUUUCAUCUUGAAUACAACAGGACACACACAUUCAGUCUUCAGGCGCUUGUUAGUAUGUAACCUAUUGAUCGCAUUUCGUUCCCUAAGGUAGUUUUGGUUUGCCAACCUUCGGUUUGUUCAACCCGGACAGUUUGAAGACAGCGCUACAGGACAUUGUCACAUAAAUUCUGUUCAUAAACGUCAAAGUCUGACUAUACAAACAGAGCGCAGGUCUUCAUUCACAUGUUGGAGAAUGAGGUGUUUUCAUUGUCUCAAACUAACUACAGUUACCGGCUAUUAGCCCGUGCUGUUCUGCGCUGAGAAUCUGUCGGGUUGUGGAAUGGGAAGUGAAAAACAUUCAAGGAUCUGACAUUUGUCAGCAUUCAUUUUCAUUUCAUUUUAUUAUUUCAUAAGAUUUUUCUCGUUGAAAAUAACUCUUCUGGCUGUACGAUAAAUCGCUUGGGAUGAAAGCGUUAUCGGACUGGACUAUUGACAGACAGCGAUCCUAUUAACCUGCCUCUGUCUUUCACAGAUUUUUAUCUUAGUCUGUUUCUUCUCAUAAUUUACAUGCAACUGUGACUCUUUGAAGGACUUCAUCAGUCCUUGCUUUGCGGUUGAAUUUACAGUCGUCACAUUUUGUAGAGUAAAAUAAGCUAAAAUAAGCGCAAUUGAAGUAGCUAUUUAAAGAGAAUACAUUUCACACGUGGGGAUAUUCAGUAAAAACUGACGUGAAGAACAGUUCGGCCUGAUUUCUGAAACUUUCAGAAAUGCCGCAGGUGGAAAUGUUUUAUUUGGUGUUUAUCAGCCUGUGGAUGUCUGUGUUGGGCCUGGAUCCGGCAUCUAAGGUUGUGGCGGAUCGCUAUGCUGUCUACUGGAACCGAACAAACCCAAGGUUCUACCGAGGAGACUACCACAUUGACGUAUGCAUUAAUGAUUAUUUGGACGUAUACUGUCCCCACUACAUUGACACAGUCCCUGAGGAGAGGACAGAGCGCUACGUCCUCUACAUGGUCAACUAUGAUGGCUACAGCUCGUGCGACCACACGGCCAAGGGUUUCAAACGCUGGGAGUGCAACCGGCCCCACUCGCCCAACGGGCCCCUGAAGUUCUCCGAGAAGUUUCAGCUCUUCACGCCAUUCUCAUUGGGUUUUGAAUUUAGGCCAGGCAGGGAAUACUACUAUAUCUCAUCAACAGUCAGUGAAAAUGGAAGACGGAGCUGCCUGCGGCUGAAAGUUUUCGUCAGACCUUCUAACAACUGCGAGAAAAGUCACGACCGUGUCAUCAAGAUCAAUGAUGGAGAUGUUAACUCGAUAGAAAAUAAUAAUGAUGGAACGAGCCAUGAAUCUGCUGAGCCUUCCCGAGGUGAUGUCAACUCAGUUGGGCGCAUUGAGACUGUAGGGCCCUUCUUGGCUUCAGUGCUGGUUCUUUUGGCUUCGCUCUCAUCUUUAUAGCAUCCUCUAUGUGUACAGUGACACAUAUGAAGCAUGACAGAGGACUCAUAAAUGAGCACUUUUAACAAAACAUAUGAGAUUCUCUCUGGACUGAAAAGUAGUUUCUCAUGCAAGAAGAUGCUACAAGUCUUUAUAAACGUUUCUCAUCACACAGCGAUAUGACUGGAUGGAUUUCAAUGAAAAAUUUGAGGCCCCACCCCACCGAAACCCUCUCUUGUACACACACACACACACACACAGACAAAAACACAUGCACACUAAAAUAGGUUUGUGUCCUCUGAAUGCCCCUAUGUAAUGUCAGAGAGGGCCUUGAAAUUGGGGGCAGAGAAAGAAAAAUGACUUUUCACAAAGACAGCUUUUAGUGUUACCAUACAGAAAAGAGAAGUUUUAUAACAGAGCAACCGAGGAAUCUUGUCAAUAAGAGGACUAAUUUUAUCUGAGGGAUACAGCUAUUUCGUCACUAUGGACUUAACUGUUGACUCUUCUAGAUAUCAAGGCACACUAUUAUUGUUGCCCAAUAGCAUCCCUACUAAAAAUGGGAGAGCAGGGAGCUUUUUAAUAUCUAAACCAGAGGAGUCCAUGGGGACUCUUGCUCAGGUGACCAGAAACAAUUUUUGAAGAGUUUUCGUAGAGAAAAAGAAAAAGAUAAGCACUCGUUUUGUACAUUGUGUACAGGUAUGGGACUGAAAGGCGGAUGUUGUGUUCUUGAAGUAAACUGCUCAAUUUAAGUGGAGCUGCCAAAAUGGAUGUUUUACUGAUAAAUUGUUUGAAUGAAUAUACUAAUUUGUUUGGUAACUCAUCUUUUUCUUAUUUAUUGUUCAGUCUUUGUGCUCUUGACACUUUGUUGUGCUACAUCAGCCAGGAUUCUGGAGGAAAGGAUCACAAAAUGCCUACCUGCAGCAGACUUUCAGUUAACUUAACUCUUUGUUUAGAUGAAUAAUAACAACUUUGCAGAAUAACUUCUGAUUAUGGGCUAAGUCAAUCCUUGAACUGACAUCGGGGAAAAACAACCUUAGACCGCUACCAUUUGCCAUCCAUAUCUUGGCCAUCAGGGGACAAGUCACACUUCACAGUAAUGGUAGUGCCCCCCUUAACGGGUCCACUAUCAUGGGGGUGAGGGGGGAAGCGGGAGAAAUGUUUUGCAUUCAGAUUUUGUAAAUGCUUCCUGUCUUUUUACCCUAAUCAAAAUAAUUAACAUUUUAAUUUGGUCUACCCUGAGCAGGCUGAAUUGUUAAUUUACACAUUAUGUAUCAAAAACAGUUUCAUUUUUGUAAGCAUGAAGUGAAGGUAAUUAAAUUAUUUUCUCAUAUCCUGAAAACGCAAUUCUUACGUGGACUUUCUUUUCACAAAAUGCAUUUCAACCAUGUGAUUUUUGUUUAUUUAUUAUUUUUAAUCCAGAAUUGUGCGAGCUAAAAAUUCAUCUGGGAACUACUAAAACAGUAGCAGAACGCUGACAGAACGUUGCUUCCACCCUGGUGGCAGCUGACACCCUGACGUGAUUUAAUAGGCUCUUUGAUGUUGUCCAAAGUGCCUGGCACGCAGACCACAUACUGUGAGGCCUCAUGUGGGUUAUUUCUGGAAUUAAAAAAUCGACUGCAGCAUGGGAGGAUCUCGGUGUCCAGUUCAGCCGUGGGCUAGCGUUACUCUCAUGAACUUGGCCUGACAUGGAGAAAGAUGAGGUCUCCUGCUGGGAUCAAAAGUAAUGGGUUUUACAGACACAAAAACAGGGUAAAAAUUUGCCCCAGUCCCUGGACUGUUUGUUUGAAUGGUUUUCAUGCACUGCAAGGGUCAUUGGUUAUGUUUUCCACUCACAUCUAUAUAUUGAUGGCAAUUGUCUCCACUGGAAAAGUCAUAAAUCACACAACGAUAGCAUUUGUUACAAUAUGUGGCUGUGUUUAAGCAGGGUUCUAUGAAGGAUCAUUUUGCUCACACAGACUAGCUAUUAUGGUUCUUUUUAAACAGGUGACACAGGAAGACAGGGGUCUUAUGGAUGCUAUGUAUCCGUAAGUUGUCUAGCAAACGAUGUGUAGAGAUUAAGAGAAUUAAGACAUAAAUGAGACAGUAAGAAAUAAUCUCGUCAAAAAACCAUGAUAUCAAAUACACUUUUUUUUAUGAACUACUAAUUUUCUGUCUAUAUAUUUGCAAGCAGAUUACUUUAGUGUUUUUACUUUAAUUCUGAGUAACAGUCAAAAGUUUGAAAGUUUGUUAGAACAACUAGGGGUGUGUGCUGUUACAUUCUGAGAAGCACCACUGUACUAUUACUACUUAAUCACAAUUGGAAACCCCUACGGAACAUUUUAAAGCCCCAAAUGCAUUGCUGCAACCAGAAGAAAUGUUGAUGUCCAUUUAUUGUCACAGGAACAAACCUAGAAGGACAUUUUUGUAGACUUAAUUCAGGAAACAGUAUUUUUGUAAUGACUGCCAUGUCUUUUCUUGUCCAUGUACUGUUUGUUUCAAUGUGGUUCCACAAUUUCCAUUGGUGACUAUGAAAUGGCUAUAUUUUCCAUUCAGCUCUUGUCUUACUGGGUUUUUCGUCAUAAGGCAUUUGUGUUACUAUAUUCUCUCAUUUAGGAAAAUCUCUCUUUUUAUUUUGUCCCAGAAUACUUCCUCAGUGUUAAUUUCCUAAUUAAUUGCACACCUGCUGUGUCAUACAGCUGUGAAGACUAUGACAUCUAAACCACCAAUUCCUUUAACUCAUUGGCUGUGUUGCCUGAAUAUUAGACAUUUGCUGUGACGUCUCUGAUGGUACAGUGCUGACUUACAUUAUGAUGUGACAUGUUUUUAUAUCUUCAAAUGCCAUUGUUUGUAAAUACACUUGCUGG